GGCCUGUCAGGAGGACCACUGGCGCUGCGGUGGAAGCCUGCGGCUAAGUCUUGUGUAUGGCGUGCUUACGGUUGCAGCCUCUUACCUCUGCCUUCCUCCAUUUCGGGCUGGUUACUUUUGUGCUUUUCCUGAAUGGUCUUCGGGCAGAGGCUGGCGGCUCGGAGGAUGUGCCCGGCACCGGGCAGAACAAUGAGUCCUGUUCAGGGUCAUCGGACUGUAAGGAAGGUGUCAUCUUACCAAUCUGGUACCCAGAGAACCCUUCCCUGGGGGACAAGAUUGCCAGGGUCAUUGUCUAUUUUGUGGCGCUGAUAUAUAUGUUUCUUGGGGUGUCUAUUAUCGCCGAUCGCUUCAUGGCGUCCAUUGAAGUCAUUACUUCUCAAGAGAGGGAAGUGACCAUCAAAAAGCCCAAUGGAGAGACCACCAAGACCACAAUUCGGGUUUGGAACGAAACAGUCUCCAACCUGACCCUUAUGGCACUGGGCUCCUCUGCUCCCGAGAUCCUCCUCUCUCUAAUUGAGGUGUGUGGCCAUGGGUUCAUUGCUGGAGAUCUGGGACCGUCCACCAUCGUCGGCAGUGCAGCCUUCAACAUGUUCAUCAUCAUUGGCAUCUGUGUCUACGUGAUCCCGGAUGGAGAGACUCGAAAAAUCAAACACCUGCGAGUCUUCUUUGUCACGGCUGCCUGGAGCAUCUUUGCCUACAUCUGGCUCUAUAUGAUCCUGGCUGUCUUCUCUCCUGGUGUGGUCCAGGUUUGGGAAGGCCUCUUAACUCUCUUUUUCUUUCCAGUAUGUGUCGUCCUGGCGUGGAUAGCAGACAGGCGACUACUCUUCUACAAAUACAUGCAUAAAAAGUACCGCACAGACAAACACCAUGGAAUUAUCAUAGAGACAGAGGGGGAACCCCCAAAGGGAAUUGAGAUGGAUGGAAAAAUGAUGAAUUCCCACUUUCUAGAUGAAAACCUGGUGCCCCUGGAAGGGAAGGAAGUUGAUGAGUCCCGCAAGGAGAUGAUUCGGAUCCUCAAGGAUCUGAAGCAAAAACAUCCAGAGAAGGACUUAGAUCAGCUGGUGGAGAUGGCCAAUUACUACGCUCUUUCCCACCAACAGAAGAGUCGAGCCUUCUACCGGAUCCAAGCCACUCGUAUGAUGACCGGUGCAGGUAAUAUCUUAAAGAAACAUGCCGCGGAGCAAGCUAAGAAGACCUCCGGCAUGAGCGAGGUGGGUACUGAUGAGUCCGACGACUUUGUCUCCAAGGUCUUUUUUGACCCAUGUUCUUACCAGUGCCUGGAGAACUGUGGAGCCGUCCUCCUGACCGUGGUGAGGAAAGGCGGGGACACAUCCAAGACCAUGUACGUAGACUACAAAACCGAGGACGGCUCUGCCAACGCCGGGGCUGACUACGAGUUCACAGAAGGCACCGUGGUUCUGAAGCCAGGAGAGACCCAGAAGGAAUUCUCUGUGGGUAUCAUUGACGACGACAUCUUUGAGGAGGAUGAACACUUCUUUGUGAGGUUGAGCAGUGUCCGCUUGGAGGCAGACCAGCCGGAGGAGGGGGAGCCGCCAGCUCUCCUCAACAGUCUGCCUUUGCCCCGGGCAGUCCUCGCAUCCCCUUGUGUGGCCACGGUCACCAUCUUGGAUGAUGACCACGCGGGCAUCUUCACUUUCGAAUGUGAUACGAUCCGUGUCAGUGAGAGUAUCGGUGUCCUGGAGGUCAAGGUUCUGCGGACAUCAGGUGCCCGAGGCACAGUCAUCGUCCCUUUUAGGACACUGGAAGGGACAGCCAAGGGUGGUGGUGAGGACUUUGAAGACAUCUAUGGGGAACUGGAAUUCAAGAAUGAUGAAACUGUGAAAACCCUCAGGGUUAAAAUAGUAGAUGAGGAGGAAUACGAAAGGCAAGAGAAUUUCUUCAUUGUCCUUGGUGAACCGAAAUGGAUGGAACGUGGAAUAUCAGCGCUCCUGUUAUCUCCAGAGAGGACAGACCGGAAGCUGACUGCGGAGGAAGAGGAGGCCAAGAGGAUAGCAGAGAUGGGAAAGCCAAGAUUGGGUGAACACCCAAAACUAGAGGUCAUCAUUGAAGAGUCCUUUGAGUUCAAGAGUACGGUGGACAAACUGAUCAAGAAGACAAAUCUGGCUUUGGUUGUGGGAACCCGUUCGUGGAGGGAUCAGUUCUUGGAGGCCAUCACUGUCAGUGCCGCAGGAGAGGAGGAGGAGGAUGAGUCCGGCGAGGAGCGACUGCCGUCCUGCUUUGACUACGUCAUGCACUUCCUGACAGUAUUCUGGAAGGUGCUGUUUGCCUGCGUGCCCCCCACCGAGUACUGCCAUGGCUGGGCCUGCUUUGUCGUCUCCAUCCUCAUCAUCGGCAUGCUCACCGCCAUCAUCGGGGACCUGGCCUCCCACUUUGGCUGCACCAUUGGCCUCAAGGAUUCCGUCACAGCGGUUGUUUUCGUGGCGUUUGGCACCUCUGUGCCAGAUACCUUUGCCAGCAAAGCAGCUGCCAUCCAGGAUGUGUAUGCCGAUGCCUCCAUCGGCAACGUCACGGGCAGCAAUGCCGUCAACGUCUUCCUGGGCAUUGGCCUGGCCUGGUCCGUGGCUGCCAUCUACUGGGCCCUGCAGGGACAGGAGUUCCACGUGGCCGCCGGCACGCUGGCCUUCUCUGUCACCCUCUUCACCAUCUUCGCAUUUGUCUGCAUCAGCGUGCUCUUGUACCGGCGGCGGCCCCACCUGGGCGGGGAGCUGGGUGGCCCUCGAGGUUGCAAACUGGCCACAAUGUGGCUGUUUGUGAUUCUGUGGCUCCUCUAUAUACUUUUUGCCACACUAGAGGCCUAUUGCUACAUCAAAGGCUUCUGAGCCACACCACAAGGCCGUGAGCAGGGCGAGCCUGGGACUUCUCCCAAGAGAAGGGUACCUCCUCACCGGAGACCUCUCCAGGGUGAGCAGCCUGAAGAGGCAGCAUCAGGACUUGUGCCCCGGAGCUUCACCUGCCCUCGGCCCUGGCAGCAAACUGAAAGGGCAAAGUCUUAAUCAAGCAAACAGAAUGGAGAAAACACCCCCUUUACAAAGUAUUUAAUGACGUACACAGCGACACAGCAACAACCCCACCUCCACCCUGUCUUCCCCCUCAUGGCCCAGCCCACAGCAAAGCCUCCCACCCUCUCACCGCCUUGGAGCCCGCCUCGCGCCGGUUCUAACUUUCUUCUGGGUGUCCUGGGGCAGUUUCUCUGGUCCGUCCGGCUCACGGCAUUGCUCCGCGCUCCCUCUGCUGCGAGGUGUGGACGCGAGGCCUGGCCGUGUGUCCAGCUCGGGGUUCCCUUCGUUCGUCAUAAUGGCUGUCGUUGCUUUCAUUUGCCAUCAGGUUUUGCUUAUUGGUUGUUUUUCAUGUGGUUUCUGUUACGUCUUUUAUUUCUGAAGUUCAUCACAAAAGUGGCGUGGAGGACAUGGCGCCCCGAGCCACCCGAGGCGGGAGGUGGCAGGCACGCACUCUCACCGUCACGGGCAGCAGCUGUUUCCUGACUCCAAAGUCCUGAGUUCAUGUCCUCUUUUCCCAGGCAACCUGGGAGGACUGAGGGCUCUGGUGUGGGAGGAACCUGGCUUAGCCAUGGGGGCAUGAAAGACCGGCUGGGCAGUGAAGCUGUGUACGCCUACACUACGACCAAGUCAGCAGACACAAAGGGUUGUCCUCUUCGCCGCCAGAGCGGGGGAAAGUCUGUGUGCCUCCGCGUGUCACGCCUGUGUUUGUCCUUCCGAAGACCAGGGGAGGUGGGGGCAGGAGCAGGCACGGGGGCGUGAUGAGCGAGGGCAGUUGGAGAAGCCACUGGGGAUCGAGGUCGUCUUGGGCGUCUGGAGUUCUGUGUGGGAGGCAGAAAGGUGGCCCAACUUGCGAGUUGUCUGUUUCAGACGCCUGUGCUUCUGAGGAAGGUCCGCUCCACCGCCCCUUCCGUCCCCAGGUUCCAUAUCGAGAAGGCUGACUGACUGCAUUUCUUCACGGAGUGAAACUCCUUAAAAGCUCCUAAGCCAGCAAGGGUCUCUUUCCCUCUUCUUGGCCCUCGGUCACGUUGGGAAGCCUCUUCACGAGGAUAAGAACGCUAAUUCUUCCUCUCACCCACAUUCCUGCUGGUUUCGGAACCUCAUGAUGCUUGUUUUCCAACCGGUGGGUGGUUUUUGGCCCCGAAAGAGGAGUCUUCGUCGCCAUAAGACAUGGAUCCUGGGUUUACAGGAGAGGGGGUGCCACGCCCUCAGACCUUUUGACAACCGAUUUUGAGAGGACCUGGCAUAUACACACACAUGCACACAAAUGCAAAAUCGCCACAGAACUGCCCACUGAUCCUUAGGCUUUCUGCAUGGACAUGGAUACAUUUUUUAAAGGAAAAAGGAAUAAAUGAGAAAACAAACACCUGGUUAAUUUUAAACACAUUUUUUAAGAAAAAAAAAUAACUAAAAAAGAAACAGUGCUCAUGUCAUAAGUUAUGUUGACAGUUGACAGUGGAAACGUUGAGUUGGUUUUAAAAAAAUAAAAGCUAUACUUAUAUCUCUCUAAA